UCUAUUUGUGGUCAAAACACGGUGGACCGGACGGCCACUUCCUCCCCAUCUCUUCUCCAGACUUCAAACCGAAACAUCAUAUAAAGAAGGAGAAGAAGGAGGAGACACAGACCCCAAAAGAAACGAGAAGAAACGAAAAGAAAAGAAAAGACCAAAAAAGACCAAACGUAGAAUACCCAUCAAGCUCAUUUUGAUCCAAUCGAAUUUUGCCUCAUCUUGUGUGCAAACUUCAGGUAGUCUGAGCAAGGCCAGUACAUAUUAUACCAUGGUUCUUGACAGCAUUUUGUCUUCUCCUGUUCGGAAGUCAGCAUCAUUCAGAAAGCAAUUCUCACAAAAUGAGUUGGGUAGCUGGUCGACUCUAUUUCAGCGGCACCGCUUCCUGUUAACGGCCCUAGCUCUCCUGACUUUCCUCUGCACUGUUUAUCUUUACUUUGCUGUCACUUUAGGAGCCAGUCCAACAUGUUCUGGGUUGAGUGGAACUCAAAAAGCAUUGUGUCGUUUGGAGCAUGCAAAGACUUCAGUGGCCCAUGGAAAAUUGAAAAUUCUUUAGCGUGUAGAUGAUAAUGAUUUUCCGAAGUUUCUUUUUUCUUGGGUUCCUUUGAUUAGAGUGGAUUGCCAAUUUAAAUCGUACUACUGAAUUGUAGUGGGUUUUAUAUUUGUCCGUGAACUGAUUGAUUGGGUCAUAUAUACAUAAUAUUUGUAGUAUGGAAACACUGGUUUUACCAUAAUGAUUAUUUUUAUUCAAAGAAACUAAAGCAUGGUGUUAUCAGAUUA